UCCUCAACUGAACUGUAACUAAUAGAGGAUGAUGUGCGGACAGAGGGAGGAAAAGGAGCAGGGGGACGUUGAGGAGGAGAAGGGUGGCUUUAGUGGAACGAGUACCAAGGACAGACUGGAACAGUGACUCCGUUUAAAGAGGAGAGGAUUCUACUAGAAAGGCCGACAGAUACCUGGGAAAAAACACCUUGCUCCACAGAGCCACACCUUAGAAAACUAAACAUGGCGUUGAGUCACCGACCGAAACUCGGGUCAAAGAGCGAUACAGAUGGUUCGUGACCGAAAACACCGUAAGAAUGAGGAAAAAGAAAGGGUAUAUUAACUGAAAUUAUCUAAAUUAUUUAAAUAAAAACAUUUUAAGGGUUAAAGCUGAAAACACCUCGCCAGCACAGCGAGUGAGGAAAUCACCUGCCGGAUUUUCUGCUGCUGUCACCUCCCUGACAGACUGGGACGAUGUUGUGGUGGCUAGAGAGGGCAUGCCUACCACCUUGUUCUGUGCUGAUACAGUGAGAGGUGCCGUGUCCAUUCACUGGUUGAUGAAGUCACUUGGUGUGGAUGAAUGGAGACUGGUUCUUUCAGCCAACGAAAAGAAAGUGUUCUUUGGUGGUGGCUUUAAGGCAUCCAUGCAAUUGACUGACCCUAACUUUCGAGACACUGGGGUUUUCUCUCUGUUCUUUCUUCCGAAAAUGGAGGACAGUGCUCUCUACACAUGCGUGAUAAAGCAACAAGACAGGAAACAAAAGCAGAGGAUGAUCCUCUUAGCUAUCCUUACAGUCACUGCUGUCCCUGCUGCACCCAUUCCUCAGCACAGCACCCUGCAGCUGAUUGCCAGUGUUAAUCCUGACUUUGCCAUCACCAAGAUUACCUGGGCAGCACCUGGUGGCUUUUCCAUGAAGAGCGAGAAAACGCCAAACACAGGCACAGUGGCCAAACUGCCACAGGUCCAGACCAGUGACAACGGGGCCUAUGUCUGUAUGGUUCACCCGCGGGGUAACAGCAACAACACUCUUUUCGCCUUCAAUGUGGACGUGAUUGUCGAUGCUGACAAAGUGGUCUCAUUCACCAAUGUAACACAUGUUCUUCCCUCCUUGCCUGCAGGCCCUAUGAUCUCCAAUGCCACUCAGGCUCAGACACCCUUCACCCUGACCUGUCCUGUUGUCCAGGGGGACUAUGUCCUGCUGCACUGGCAACCUCCAGACACCAGGAAGCCGAGUAAGCUGUUGUACCAGUACGACCGCUGGAGGGGUUCCACCUUGUUGACUGAGCAAAGCAAGAAAAUCCAGCUUGCCGGCCCACCCUACAACGCAGAGGCCGGGAGCUUCUCCUUUGUACUCACCCCUGGGUUAAGAGAUGGCGGCCUCUACAUCUGUGACGUGUUCCUCAAUGACAACGCCAGCAGCCAGAGGACCAUGCUCACCGUGCUGAAAGUUAAAACCAGCUAUUUGUCCUCAAAACUGGAGUUGGGGUGCUUGUACUCAGAGAGGUCCCAGGUCCAAGGUGCCAAUUGGAAAUACCAGAAUAAGAGUCGCCGGCUGCACUUGUUAAGCAAGGGCCCUGGCAGCAUCACCACCAUCCUGCCCUUACCCAUCACCUCUGACACAGCCGGGAACUACACCUGCACCCUACAGCUAAAAAAUGGGCAGACUGUCUGGGCAACCCAAGCUAUCACACUGCCCUAUGAAGAGAGUGUCCCCUCCCUGCUCCCUUCUCUCUCUGCUUUAUUACUCCUGGUGCCCCUGGUUGCUGCGGCUGUCGUUGUGUUGCUAUGGAGACAGAAACACAUUUCUGAUCGCGGUAUUGAGCAGUCUCUGUCUGUCCACUCGGGUGAAGCAGAGAACAUCUAUGAGAAUCCUGAGGAUAACAGACAGGCUCCUCCCCAGGGCUCAAUCUACAUGGAUUUGAAGCCAAGAGGAGAGGAUGAUGUCUAUAAGGAACUAGAGCGAUACGAACCGUGUCAGAGCUGAUCACCUACCCACAUCUCAUCCUCAUCCAGCUGUCACAUCCGCUCAGUUCCCAGCUGCAGCAGAAGGCCUUUAUAAACAAAAGUAACAACUGAAUGUCAGAGUUGGGAUGUGAAGAAAAACUUCAAUGCUUCAGGGAAAUGCAACUCAAUUGUUUGAAUGUUUUUUUGCAUUCUAAACUACUGCUCUUUAUAAGUACUUUAUUACUGAUUUGCUUUAAUGUCAUGUUUUGGGGCUGCACAUACAGGAGAAGGGAAAAGAUUUUCACAUAAGGUUCUAAACCUUGUCCCAAAUGUGUGGAAGUUAUGUUAUAUUGUCUUUUUCACUGGUUUCCUUGACACUUUUUUCUAUUAUUUUCUCAAGCAUUUUGGUAUUGUACCAGGUGUCUUGUACUUCUAUGGAUAUCUGUAUUUAAGUAUAUACAUUUCUAAAUAAACAUUGUUGUCUGUAAUGUA